GCGGGGUUCCUGCUGCCUGGCUGCCCCGUGUCCCACGUGUUUAGAGGGUUUGAGAGAUGAAGAGGAAACGGAGUCAGGCCCGGGAAACGGCACAGAAAGCUGUUGAGGAUGAGGAGGGCGUCCGGUCGGAGGAAGCUGAGGAGCCGGAUGAUGAUGAGGCUUCCGCGGGGGAGAAGAAAGCUGCAGCGGGGAGCGGAUCUGUCCCGGGGGAUAUUCUGAGACCCGUCAAACUGAGCAAGGCCGAGCUCUACAAACCCCCCACCAACGAGGAGCUCAACAGGCUGAAGGAGACCGAGCACCUGUUUCAUUCCAACAUUCUGCGCAUGCAGAUCGAGGAGCUGCUGCAAGAAGUGAAGCUGAAGGAGAAGAGGAGGAAAAACAUUGAUAAUUUUUUGCACCGAAUUAACUCCCUCCUGGGAGAAAUCCCCGAGACGCAGGAGCGAGACCUCGCGGACCAGUCCUGGCUCCCCAAGUCCGUGAAGGUCCCCGUCCUGCAGAUCCCGUACAGAGUGAAGGGCAGGUUUCGCUUUCAGCGCCCCUCCUCCAUCAAAGUAGUCGGCAGCUACCUGCUGGGGACCUGCAUCAAGCCGGAGAUCAAUGUGGAUUUGGCGCUGACCCUGCCGCGGGAAAUUCUCCAGGAGAAAGAUAACCUGAACCAGCGUUACUUCCGGAAGCGAGCGCUCUACUUGGCCCACAUUGCUGCGCAUCUCGCGGAUAAUGAGCUUUUUGGCAGCGUGAAGUUCUCCUACAUGAACAGCAACCACCUGAAACCCAUCCUGUUACUCCGGCCUCACGGUAAAGAUGAGAAGCUGGUAACAGUCCGUAUCCACGUCUGCCCACCGCCUGGGGUCUUCAAGGCCAGUCGUCUGUUCCCCAACAAGAACAAUGUAAGAACAGCCUGGUUCACGGAACAGCAUUGUGACAAAGAGGGGCCCAUGGAGCCUGCCACCCCUCAUUACAACACGGCCAUCCUCUCCGACUUGGCCAUGGAGCAUCACCUUCACCACCUGUCUAGCUGUGCCACGGACUUCCCCGGCAUGAAGGACGGCAUCGCCAUCCUUAAGGUCUGGCUUCGCCAGCGGCAGCUGGACAAGGGCCGCGGCAGCUUCAAUGGCUUCGUGGUAUCAAUGCUGGUGGCCUAUUUGCUUUCCAAAAAUAAGAUUAACAAAGUUAUGAGUGGCUACCAGGUCCUGAGGAACACCCUGCAGUUUCUGGCCGCCACGGAUUUGACGGUUAACGGGAUAGCGAUGUCCAGCGGCUCCGACCAUUCCCUGCCAUCGCUUGCUGAUUUUCAACAAGCCUUUGAGGUUGUGUUUGUGGACCCGUUGGGACUCGUGAAUCUAUGCGCCGACAUGACGGCCGCCACGUACAGACAGAUCCAGUUUGAGGCUCAGGAGUCUCUGAAGACAUUGGACGACACGACCAUCGAUGGAUUCCAUCUCCUCCUCAUGGUUUCCAAGCCUUUCAUCAGAACGUUUGAUCAUGUCUUUCACCUGACCCGCGUCGCCCAGCUGCAGGAAGCCUGCAAAAAGAUGAAGCUGCUGAACGAGCUGAUGGACCGGGGAGGCGAUUACGUGUCGGCCGCGCUGCCCUUCCUCCUGUCCGUAUUAAACCAGGGACUGGGCAAGAGGGUGGCUCUGCUGUCCCACACGCUGCCGCAGACGCCGGAGUGGUCCGUAGGGGACGAUCCUCGCAAGCACAAGGACGUCGGUCAGCUCUCCAUAGGCCUCUUGCUAACCACGGAGUUCUAUAGCAGUGUACUGGAAAAGGGGCCGGCAGCGGACAGCCCGGAGGCUGCGGAGUUCCGGAAGUUCUGGGGCGAGAAGUCGGAGCUGCGUCGCUUCCAGGACGGCUCGAUCUGCGAAGCGGUGGUCUGGCCGGGAAGCAACCUCCAGGAGAAACGGCGGAUCCCGGAGCUCGUCGUGAAACACUUACUGGGCCUACACGCUGACGUUCCCGAAUCGUGCGUCGCCUACGCUGGUAAUUUGCUGGAUUGCGUCCUUGUCAGGGGCAGAGAGGCCGGGACGGGCGAGGAGCACAUGGUCAGCAUUGUACAGUCUUACGACGAUCUGAGCAGAAAGCUCUGGAACCUGGAGGACCUCCCGCUAACCGUGACCUCUGUGCAAGGAACCCACCCGGCCCUCCGCUACACGGACGUGUUCCCUCCUGUUCCGGUGAAACCCGAAUGGUCCUUCUACAAAGUGUUGAAGGAUAAGAAGUGUCUCGUCCCCUUGGAAGACAAGCCGUGUCCUGCAUACAUCUCUCCGGUGAAAGUGAUCUGUCACAUGGAAGGCAGCGGGAAAUGGCCGCAGGAUAAAGACGCCAUUAAGAGGGUGAAAGCCGCGUUUCAGAUCCGUCUGGCGGAGCUGCUGAGAGCCCAGCACAAUCUGCCGUGUAAAGUGACGGCCGCCUUCACCGAUGUCUACAAGGACGGUUACGUGUUCCGUGUGCACGUCGCUUAUCACCGGGAGCCUCAGUACAUAAAGGAGUUCGUCACGCCGGAGGGGAUGCUGAAGUCGCAGGAGACGGAGGAGUCCCGGCAGCUCGAGCUGGAGACGCUCCACUCGCCGCACCUGACCAGCACGUUACACGGGCUCCAUCAGCAGCACCCAGCCUUCGGGGGCACGUCUCGUCUGGCCAAGCGCUGGAUUAACUGUCAGCUCUUGGGGGGCAGCUUCUCCGAGGAAUGCGUGGAUCUGUUGGUUGCUCACCUGUUUCUGCACCCGGCUCCGUUCAGCGCCCCCAGCUCCCCUCAGGUGGGAUUCUUGCGCUUCCUUCACCUCUUGGCGACUUUUGAUUGGAAGAACAGCCCCCUGAUAGUGAAUCUGAACGGAGACUUAAAGGGUACGGACUUUACAGAAAUUCAGAAUGAUUUUGUGUCGUCGCGCAUGCAGCUCCCGGUUAUGUUCAUCGCUACCCCCAGGGAGAGGAAGGACUCCGUGUGGACCAGGAAGCAGCCGUCCGCGCAGAUCCUGCAGCGCCUCAUUCUUCUCUCUGUGGAGUCCCUGCGCGUUCUGGAAAAGCAGCUGAUGGACCCGCUGGAAGAACACAACAUCAAGAUGAUUUUCCGGCCGUCGCUGAACCUGUACGAUGUUUUGAUUCGCCUGAAUCCCAAGCAGAUUCCUCGCCACCGGGAGGCGCUGGACACCCCGCUGAAGUCCUUUGUGCGGGGUGUGCUGAAAAGUGACGCUCCUGUCAAGGACCUCUUCUUCCCAGUGGUGGAUUAUGACCCUGUCCAGUUAUACCUCAACGAGCUCAGAGAGGCCUAUGAAGAAUUUGCUCUGUUUUUCUACGAUUCCCACGGAGGGGAAGUGAUUGGAGUUCUAUGGAAGCCAUCAAGCUUCGAGCCGCAGCCAUUCAAAACGACCAACGCAAACGGAAGGAUAAUGGACAAGGACAGCAGCCCCCCUGUGAUGAUCCCCAACGUGGAAGCCAUCCUAGAAGACUUCCGGAUUCUGGGAGAAGGCCUCGUCCACAACGUGGAGACUCGGACUGAGAAAUGGGCCAUUUAAAAAAAAAAAAAAAAAAAACCUUCCCGAUCCGGUGUUCAGUGACUGCAGAGGCUGCUGCGCCAUCCACGCCUGCGCCAGAGUCUGGGUUUUACGAUGAGACGAGGGGUCUUUUAUUAAAAAAAAACAAAAA